GAAAGUGUAUAUUUCCUAUAAAAUCACUGUCCAGGGGACAGAGGGAGUCACAUCAGCAAAGCCAUGGGAGGAGCACUUUUUAGUAAGCCAUGGAGGGACCUGCCAGAGAACUGCAAGGACAAUCUUACAUUUCUGAACUCUUACAAGCCUCAAAACAAAGAAGUCAAACAUCUCCGAAUUCUGCUUCACGGACCAGUUGGUUCUGGCAAAUCCAGUUUCAUCAACUCUGUUGACAGUGUUUUUCAAAAAAGAGUAACCAAUCGAGUCAUGACAGAUGCAAUAUCUGGGAGCAGCUUUACCCAAAAGUACAAGACUUUCAAAAUCCACAAAGAUCCAGACAACAUUUACUCUUUUGUUUUCAAUGACAUCAUGGGCUUUGAGCAAAACGCUAACCGUGGAGUCCCUGUUGAAGAUGUCAUACUGGCCCUGAAAGGACAUGUGAAAGAAAAUUAUAAGUUUGUUCCUGGAUGCCAACUGAGGGAGGGUGACGAAGGCUACACGUCAUGUCCCACUCUGAAUGACAGAGUUCAUGUUCUGGUUUCUGUUGUUCCUGCCAGUUCAGUAUCUUUAAUGUCUGAUGAAGUUGUGAAGAAAAUGAGAGCUGUCAGACUGGCAGCAAGUGAAAUAGGGAUUCCCCAACUGGCUAUUCUCACCAAAGUUGAUGAAGCCUGUCCUGAGGUCAGAGACGAUGUAAAAAACACAUAUAAGAGCAAGCACCUGAAGGAACAGGUGGAGGAAUUCAGCCAGUUGCUGGGCCUUCCAGUCAGCUGCAUCUUUCUUGUGAAGAACUACAGCUCAGAAAUCAAAGUGAAUGCUGACAUUGAUGCUCUGAUACUGUGCGCACUGAGACAGAUGGUUUCCCUUGGAGAAGACUUCCUCAAUGACCAGUAGACCUGCAUACUGCUGAGGCAAAUCUUGCAUGAUCAAAACGUGAAAAACUGGCUUGCUUUAAACCCACUUUUAGCAGUAAUGUGCAGUGUUCUCUUUGUUGAUCUGUAUUAUUCAUCAAAUGUAUUAAGUUCAUAUUGAGUUAGACGUUUUGCCUGUUAGUUCACUUUGCCAAAGUGACAAGUGUCUGUUUGUUGCUUUAUUUUUCAGCAAAAUAGUGAAAAAGUACACUAAACGUACAGAAGUGAUUUGCAUCAAAUAUGCGCUCAACUGAGUGCCCUUCUAGUUAUUAUAAUAGAUAACAGAUUAAGAGACAGGUUAUAGUUUCUGGCAACUUCAGCAACACCCCUAUCCUGCUUUAUUAAAAGAAAACUGAAUUUAAAACAUUAUUGUGUUAGAUUUUUUUUUCAACUUGGGGAGAUGAUUUUCAGUGGUGAAUGAAAAAAUGAUCAGUUUGUUGAGCAAGUCAUAUAAACCAAUGAACAUAUAAAUAAAAAAAUAAACACA